UUUGCUUCCGGAAGUGACGCACGACCUCCCCAACUCAACCUCCCCCUCCUCUCCGGCGGUAUCUGACUGCGGCAGCUGUGGAGCCGGGCGGGGUUGGCGGCGGCGGCGGCGGCGGCGGCAGCGGUGGGGGAGGGGAAAGGAGGAGAGGCGGAAUAUGGCGGACGGCGUGGACCACAUAGAUAUCUACGCCGAUGUAGGAGAGGAAUUUAACCAGGAGGCUGAAUAUGGUGGACAUGAUCAAAUAGAUUUGUAUGACGACGUCAUCUCGCCAUCUGCCAAUAACGGCGAUGCACCAGAGGAUCGUGAUUAUAUGGACUCUCUUCCACCAUCUGUCGGAGAUGAUGUAGGCAAAGGAUCAGCACCAAAUGUUGUCUACACAUAUACGGGAAAGAGAAUUGCAUUAUAUAUUGGAAAUCUUACAUGGUGGACCACAGAUGAAGAUUUAACUGAGGCUGUUCAUUCACUUGGUGUAAAUGAUAUUUUGGAGAUAAAAUUUUUUGAAAAUCGAGCUAAUGGCCAGUCUAAAGGAUUUGCUCUUGUAGGUGUGGGAUCUGAAGCAUCUUCUAAAAAACUGAUGGAUCUCUUACCUAAAAGAGAAUUGCAUGGGCAAAAUCCUGUUGUAACACCAUGUAAUAAACAGUUCUUAAGUCAAUUUGAGUUGCAGUCAAGAAAAACUACACAGUCUGGGCAGAUGUCUGGUGAAGGAAAAGCUGGUCCUCCAGGAGGAAGUUCACGGGCAACAUUUCCACCAAGUAACAGAGGGAGAGGUCGUUUUCCAGGUGCCCUUCCUGGAGGUGACAGGUUUCCUGGUCCAGCCGGGCCAGGAGGACCUCCUCCACCUUUUCCAGCUGGACAGACUCCUCCGCGUCCACCACUAGGUCCUCCUGGCCCACCAGGUCCACCGGGUCCUCCUCCACCUGGCCAGGUUCUACCUCCUCCAUUAACUGGUCCUCCUAAUCGUGGUGACCGCCCCCCUCCUCCAGUUCUGUUUCCAGGACAGCCCUUUGGUCAACCUCCAUUGGGUCCACUUCCCCCUGGUCCUCCGCCUCCAGUUCCAGGCUAUGGUCCUCCACCAGGUCCUCCACCCCCACAACAGGGUCCUCCUCCUCCUCCAGGUCCUUUCCCCCCUCGUCCACCUGGUCCGUUAGGACCACCCCUGACACUGGCUCCUCCUCCACACUUACCUGGCCCACCACCAGGUGCUCCCCCACCAGCCCCACACGUGAAUCCAGCAUUCUUCCCCCCACCAGCCAACAGUGGCAUACCUACAUCAGACAGCCGUGGUCCACCACCUUCAGACCCCUAUGGACGACCUCCACCGUAUGACAGAGGUGAUUAUGGGCCACCAGGCAGGCGUAUCACUGGAAAUAACAUGUCCAUAAGAGAACAAUUACAUAUGCCAUUGUAUUGGAGACAAACGAAAAAUAAUACUCAAAACGCAGGGAGAGAAAUAGAUGCUGCAAGGACACCUUUAAGUGAAGCAGAAUUUGAAGAAAUCAUGAACAGAAAUAGAGCUAUUUCUAGCAGUGCCAUUUCAAGAGCUGUAUCAGAUGCUAGUGCUGCGGAGUAUGGAAGUGCUAUAGAAACCUUGGUGACUGCAAUUUCAUUAAUUAAGCAAUCCAAAGUAUCUGCAGAUGAUCGUUGCAAAGUACUUAUUAGCUCUCUGCAAGAUUGCCUCCAUGGAAUUGAGUCAAAAUCUUAUGGUUCAGGGUCAAGAAGACGUGAGCGAUCAAGGGAGAGAGACCACAGCAGGUCGAGAGAGAAGAGCCGGCGCCACAAAUCUCGUAGCAGAGAUCGCCAUGACGAUUAUUACCGGGAAAGAAGCCGUGAACGUGAGAGACAUCGUGACCGCGAUAGAGACCGUGACAGAGAACGUGACAGAGAACGAGAGUAUCGCCAUCGUUAAAAGCUGAAGGAAGAGGAACACCUCAUCAGACAAGAAAUGUAACUUCAUGGAGGCUUGUCCAGCAGUUUGCUUCUUGUGAUGGAACAGAGUCAUGGAUAAAAUGAACAGGAAUAGAUCUGAAUAAGGCAAAUCUGCAUACAUGGUAACCAGUAGCUCUCUUAACCUUUUUAUGUUGCUUAGCUGUUUUAUUUGAAGGAACCUGUGUGAUUUAAAACGUAUAGCAUUUUGCAACUUUAUUACUGGUUAUAUACAUUUGACAAUUAAAAUGUGCAAACAAUUGGAAGAAAAGUCAAGUGAAUGCUUGUUUUUAUAGUAGUUGGUUCUUGUUUAAAUGUUGAAAUGAUAAUGUCUGUAAAAAGCACCAAUUUGAUUACAAUAGAUGUAGUGUUGUAAUAAACUGUUUAAUGGGGCUGAUGUGUAAAGCUGUUCAAGUUAUUUGAUGUGUUUACACCUCAGGGAGCGUCUUGUGUUCAGCAAUAUAUAAUGCUGUUUAAAAUGUCUAACAAAACAUUGCAUAUUUUUUGCACAUGCAUCAACUUGUUAUGUUUAGUGAAUGAAUAGCGGUUCUGUCCAACAUUUGAUGUUAUUAGAAAAGUGGUUACAUCAUUAAUUUGUAGCUUUAUGUAGAGAUUACGUGUGAAUUUGCUGAAAGGCAUGUAAAACUGUAAAAACUGUAGACUAAUAUUCUGUGAUACCAAUUGACUGAACUUUCUUUUGAGCAAUGGAAGUCUGAAUUCUGAUAAACAGACAGUUGUCCGUUG